GGUACCGGGCGCGCGAUGGAGACCGGGUGUUGGUGGCUCGGCGGCGAGUUCGAGGAUUCGGUGUUCGAGGAGAGGCGGGAGCGGCGGCCUGGAGCGCCCGCGUACUACUGCGCCAAGCGCUGCGAGCCGCAGUGGUUUUAUGAAGAACCGGGGAGCAGUGAUGAUGUUGAAGCUCUGACUAUCCACAAAUUCAAAGGGGACCUGGCUUACAGACGGCAAGAGUAUCAGAAAGCUCUGCAAGAGUAUUCCAGUAUCUCAGAAAAGCUGCCAUCUGCAAAUUUUGCCAUGAAAAGAGAUGUGCAGGAAGGCCAGGCUCGGUGUCUCAUUCGCCUGGGAAGGCACGAGGAAGCUCUGGAGAUUGCCACGAACUUGGAAAAUAAGGCAACUAACACAGACCAUUUAACCACUGUGCUCUACCUCCAGUUUGCUAUUUGUUCAAGUUUGCAGAACUUGGAGAAAACAAUUUUCUGCCUACAGAAACUGAUUUCUUUGCAUCCCUUUAAUCCUUGGAACUGGGGCAAGUUGGGAGAGGCUUACCUGAAUCUGGGGCCAGCGCUUUCAGCAUCACUUGUGUCAUCUCAGGAAGAGAACAAUUUCACCUCAAGUGACAAGGCUGUCAAAUCCUCCUUUCCCCACUCAGGAAAAGACUGUCUUUUGUGUUUCCCUGAAACAUUGCCUGAGAGCUCUGUGUUUUCUAUGGAAGCAAGCAGCGGUAAUAACCAGAAGAAUGAGAAAGCUCUUAAAGAUAUUCAAAACUGUAUGGCAGAAGAGAGAGCAGCAGUCUUGCUAGAAACUCAAAUGAAAGCCUGUGCCUCUUUUAUACGAACCAGGCUUCUGCUUCAGCUCGCCCAAUCUCAGCAAACGUCAUUUGCUUUGAAGAGGAACUUAAGGACUCAGCAGGAAAUCGAAGCUAAAAUGAAAGGGUUCAGCUUCAAAGAAGACACUUUGCUGUUGAUAGCAGAGAAGAUACGAGCACUAACAUGGAGGUGGACUCAAGUCACCGAGAUGUCCCAGCGCCUUGGGGAAUUCACACCGCUGAUGAGUUUGGUACCCUGAACAGCUUCCCAUUACACCUAGACAAAGCCAAACCCUCGCAGCUUUGCCCGCUGCCCCUCCUGCCUUGUGCACGGUUGACUCCUCCUCACUUUCAGGUCUCAUUGUCUCCUCACUAGGCCUUUCCGCCUCCUUCUCCUGGGAACCCAGCAAACCACCGAUGAGGAAACUGCAAACACUGGAGGCAGAGAGGCUCUUGGCGCUGUCACAUAAGCUCUCUGGGAACUGGGGCACAGCUGUUUCCACCCACAUGGGCUGCCCAGCCCCUGGCAUAUUGGGGGGAGGGGUCCAGCGAGUGAUUACAUACAUGAAUUCAGGCCCUUUAGGAGUGGAAGCCAGGGCUGGCCUCCCAGGAUGGGGUAGAAUCGUUCAGUGAGGGAACUCUGAACUGGGAGCUGCUUCGUACCGUGCUCACAGGGAGGGCUCACAAAGCAGCAGUGUUGGGUGCGCCCCUCACAGCAGCUGCUCUGGGAGGACAGCACAUGUAUGGGUGUUUGGGAGGGAAGUUGGAAAGCCAGCUCCGGGGCCCUUCUGCUUUAGGGCCGCUGUUCUGAAGAGCAGCCCCCAGAAGCAGGCUCUGGCUCUGCCGGUAGAGAGGUGCACUUUGUAUAAAGAAGUGCCCUCUCCUGAGGCCCAGCUGCGAUGAUACGGCUGUCUGCUGUCCUGCAGCAGGGAGGGGAGUGCGCGGAGGCGGAGGGCAAGCAGCGGGCCUGGGAUGGAUGGAUGGAUGGUUGGAUGGAUGGUUGGAUGGUUGGAUGGAUGGAUGGAUGGAUGUACAGAGCCGGGCCCCUCUGGGCACAUGAGCCGACGUGGGAGGCCUGCCUGUUGUGGCUGGGUUGUGUCCUCCCGAAAGUCACAUGUUGAAGCUCUAACCCAGUACCUCAGAACAUGACCGUAUUUGGAGAUAAGACUUUUAAACUCCUGGUCACUAAAAUCUGUAUUAGUCAGGAUUCUUCAGAGAAACAGAACCAAUAGGAUGUGUGUAUCUAUAUCUAUAGCUCUGUCUGCAUCUCUGUGUCUAUACUAUCUGUAUCCAUAUCUACAUAUCUAUGGAGAGAUUUGUUAGGAGGAAUUGGCUCACACAAUUACGGAAACUGACAAGUCCCAAGACCUGCAGGUUGUCACCAAGUUGAAGAUCCAGGAGAGCCAGCGGUGUAGUUCCAAUACCAGCAGACUCAAGCCCCAGGAAGAGCCAGUGUUUCAGUUUCAGUCUGAUGGCAGGAAAAACUUAUGUCCCAUUUCAAAGGCAGGAGGACUUCUCUCUCACCUGGAGGAGAGUCAGCCUUUUUGUUGUUUUCAGGUCUUCAGCUGAUUGAGUGAGGCCCACCCACAUUCACAAGGGCCAUCUGCCUUACUUAUGCUACCAAUUUAAAUGUUUAUCUCAUCCCAAAACAGCCCCACAGAUACACCCAGAAUAACGUUUGGGCAAAUACAUGGGCACCCCUAUGGGACAGUCAAGUUGACACAUAAAAUGAACCAUCACAAGUCCACGCCUUGUCAACUCCAUCUGCUUAAAUUCAUAAUCCAAUUUGACUGGUAUCCUUAUAAGGAAAAGAAAUUUGGACACACAAAACAAGACACCAGGGAUGUAUGUGGACAGAGGAAAAACUUUGUAAGCACAUGGCAAGAGGAUGGCCAUCUGCAAGCCAAGGACAGACCUCAGGAGAAACCAGUCCUGCCAACACCUUGAUCUUGGACUUCCAGCCUCCAGAACUAUGAGAAUAUAAAUGUCUGCUGUUUAAGCCACCCAGUCCGUGGUAUUCUGUUAUGGCAGCCCCGGCAAAUAAAUACACUCUCUUCUGAACAAGGGCGCUUCCCAUCCCCCGAGAGGACUUCCUUUCUCAUUUCUUUUUCUCUCAGAUGCUUUCUGUGCUUAUGACCUUUUGCUAUGGACUGCAUGUUUGUGUGCUCCCAAAAUUCACGUGUUGAAACAUAAUCGUCAAGGUGAUAGUGUUAGGAGGCGGGGCCUUUGGGAGGUGAUUAAGUCGUGAGCAUGGAGGCUUCAUCAUUAGGAUUAGUUCUCUUACAAGUGAGGCCCCAGAGAGCUAGCUUGUCCCUUCCACCAUGUGAGGAUACAGUGAAAAGGUGUCCACCUGCAAAUCAGGAAGAAAGCCUUCCCCAGAACCCAGCCAUGCUGGCACCCUGAUCUCGGAGUCCCAGCCUCCAGAACUGUGAAAAAUAAACGUCUGUGGUUUAUAAGCCACCCAGUCUUUGGUAUUUUGUCAUAGCAGCCGAA